ACUUAAUUCAGAUGCACUUUGAUAUGGUAAGUAAGGAGGCCAAAAUUUGACCAGUCAUACAAAUAAGUUUGCCAAAAGAUAUGUGAGAAAUCUACUCUUCUGUAGGUUACAAUGGUUUAGUAACUUAGUUAUAUAUGGAGCCAAAUUAUGUGAAUUUACAAUGAUAUAGCCAUUUGUGAGACCGCAGCUUGUGUAAACUUACAGAUCCCCUAAAUUAAACGUCGGAGUCAAAGAUAUUUCGUAGUAUGUGUGCGCGCAAAUUCAACUCUCGAUUGACAUGUUUGAUAGAGUUGUAGAAAAUAAUAGAAGCAAAUGUUGUAUAUAUGUUAUAUAAGUAGAUACAGAUUGAGACUUUGAAGCAAGUUUUUGACGCAUACGGUUAUUACAUAAUCUUCAGACAUUGUCACUUUGUUGCUUUUAAGCUACACAUCUCUCAAUAUCAUCAUCAAUCACAUUACCUAUCGCAAUCUUCUUGUGACAACAAAAUCCCACAAUACAAUCUAUAUGUAUCCAACUAAUGUUGGGAAUACACAUAAUGUGAUUUUUGUCUAACGAAGAUAGAAGUUGAACCCAAUCACAUUUUAUACCACUAUGAAUUUUUUUAAUAAAUCGUGGUUACAAUUACAAUUAGUAAUUUUCAGGUUUAUCGUGGAAAAAUGCCGUGUAUGUGUAGAGUUACAGAUUAGUAAAACUUCAAAUAAAUAGAAAUCGCCUACAAUAAUAAUGCACAGUGUGAAAGGACCCUUGUGUACGAAUAACAUAAGAGAUUAUAUUACAAUUCAAGAAAAUGUGUUUACCUUCACGCUACAAUUACUGAAGAUAAAUGGCAUCGAUAUCUUUAGAUGUUGAAAUGUAAAGAAAGUGGCCGGUGUUGGUAUCUUCGAAGUUCUUGCGUAUCAGCAUUGUUUCCUUACUUUCAAAAGACAUUCAUUUCUUCAGAACCCUUAAUUUCACAAUACAAUACAUUUAAAUAUACACACAAAACUCAGGUUUCGUUAUCAAUACAUUCUAGGACAACGGUUGUUACAAUUAAAGUAACUUUUAAAGAGAUAAUUUGUUUUCUUAUGGUCAGCGAAACUUUGUAUUUGGCGGCUAUUUGGUCAGCGAAUUACUUGGAAUUUUUUCUUUAAGAAAAAAUCCAAGUAUAUUAAAAGUAAAACUUGGGGGCUGUACAAUUAAUAAGAAAGAUAUAAUUAUAGCAAUUGAAUUUAAAACGGAUAUAGUUUUACUAAUCGUACAUACAUUGCAAGAAAUAGGUAACUGUAGCAAUGAAUUUAAAACUAUAUAUAGUUUUAGUUAUGGUGCAAACAUUGCAGUAUGGCAGUUUCAGACUUUCAGUAGCUAUAUUUCGAUCUGGUUCGAUUCAUGAUUGCAUCUGCAAACGUUUUACCGUGGAGAAGGAGGAUAUAAAACACGGCCUAGUUCACCAAACAUAACCCAAGUAUCUUAUCGCUAAAUGGGAUAAAUAAGAAAGAAAUAGAAAAUAUGUAGAGCACAAAAUAUGUGACAUCAAAAGUAUAUAUAAAGAUUCAGAUUAUAUAGCAAUGAAGUACAAGGGAAUGCAACGACCCUGGUCAUAUUCUAAUUUACAAUUCAUUUCUUUCUUUCUGUAUGGUUGGCGAAUGGCGACUGGCGAGACAUUUAUUUGGUUAUAUGCAUAAUUAAGGAAUAUAUAAACUCCAAGAAAAUCUGUAUCUUUCACGUAGUCAAAUACAUAAGAUAGAAGAUUAGCAAUACAAUAAAUUUUGAUACAUUUUUAGCAACAAAUGAAAGAAUAUAACAUAAUGAAAACUUUUAGUCAUGAUGUAAUUACAACACGAACUUUACUUGUAAAUAAACUCCACGAAAAUCCUAAUCUUUCAAGUAGUCAAAAUACAAAAGAUAGAAGUUUAGCAAUGAAAUAAAAAAUUAUACAGUUUUAGCAAUAAAUGAAUGAAUAUAAUGAAGAUGUUGAUGUAAUUAUUACACCAACUUUACGUAUAAGACAUUCACAGAAUCACAGCUUCACACACACAUCAACCUCCUAUAUAAACCCAAACACAUACCUCAGCAACCAAAAACAAACACCACACAAUAGUUCUUUAGAAACAAUAUGGCGUUUGCGGUUUCAAAGCGAAACGCAAUGGCGUUUGCGGUGACGCUACUAUUAGUUUCCAUUCCUAUGUCUUCAUCCACACUACAACAAGAUUUCUUGCAGUGCCUCGUCGAGAACUCCGACAUAUCGUUCCCCAUAACGGCGGCGUUUUACUCACCCGACCAAAACGCGACUUUGUUUAAAGAGGAGCUCGAAUCAACGGCACAAAAUCUCCGUUACUUGACGCCGUCAAACCCGAAGCCUGUGUUCAUAUUCGAGCCUAUGUACGAGACACACGUACAAGCAGCCGUCGUGUGUGCCAAGAAACUCCAGCUUCACAUGCGGGUACGUAGCGGCGGCCACGACUACGAAGGGCUCUCCUUCGUUUCUGAGAACGAAACGCCGUUUGUGAUCGUUGAUCUAUCCAAGCUUAGACAGAUCGACGUAGAUGUGGACAGUAACAGCGCAUGGGCUCACGCGGGUGCCACCGUCGGAGAGGUUUACUACAGGAUCCAAGAGAAAAGCCAAACCCAUGGUUUCCCGGCGGGUCUAUGCUCCAGCCUCGGCAUCGGCGGCCACUUAGUCGGCGGAGCCUACGGUUCCAUGAUGCGUAAGUUCGGUCUCGGCGCUGACAACGUCCUCGACGCGAGAAUCAUCGACGCUAACGGUAAGAUUCUUGAUCGCGCUGCAAUGGGAGAGGACGUCUUCUGGGCGCUUCGCGGCGGUGGAGGCGGAAGCUUCGGCGUGAUCCUCGCCUGGAAAAUCAAGCUUGUUCCCGUUCCGGCGACUGUGACUGUAUUCACAGUCACGAAGACGCUUGAGCAAGACGGUACCAAGGUCUUGUACAAAUGGCAACAAGUCGCUGACAAGCUUGACGAAGAUCUCUUCAUUCGCGUUAUUAUUCAGACAGCGAGCAAAACUACCAAACCUGGGAACCGAACCAUCUCGACUUCGUACCAAGGACAGUUUCUCGGUGACUCAAAUAGGCUUAUGCAGGUGAUGCAGAAGAGUUUCCCUGAGCUAGGACUAACCAAGAAGGACUGCACCGAAAUGAGCUGGAUCAAAUCAGUAAUGUACAUUGCUGGAUUCCCAAGCAGCGCAGCACCGGAGGCUUUACUCGACGGAAAAUCACUCUUCAAGAGCUACUUCAAGGCCAAGUCAGACUUUGUGGAAGAGCCAAUACCUGUAGAAGGCUUAGAAGGACUAUGGAAGAAGCUUCUUGAAGAGGAUUCACCGUUAACGAUAUGGAACCCUUACGGAGGAGUGAUGUCGAGGAUUGCUGAGUCAGAGAUACCAUUCCCUCACAGGAAAGGGACCUUGUUCAAGAUUCAGUGGCUAUCGUCUUGGUCAGAUGGGAAGGCAAGCGACGAGAGGCAUAUGAAGUGGAUGAGGGAGAUGUACAGUUACAUGGAGAAGUAUGUGUCGAAGAACCCGAGACGUGCGUAUGUGAAUUACAGGGAUCUUGAUUUGGGGGUGAACGAGGAAGAGAGUGAUGCUAGGGAGUGGGGGACUAAGUAUUUCAAGGGGAACUUCGAGAGGUUGGUUAAGAUUAAGGGUGAGUUUGAUCCUGAGAAUUUCUUCAGACAUGAACAGAGUAUCCCAACAAAGAUUGGUUGAUGGAUUGAAAAUGGUUUUCAUAUUAAAUGUUCUAACAAAUAUAUACAAGUGAUGUCUAUGGGUUUUGGAUCUUGAUAGCAAGCAUUUUAGUUUGUGUGCUUACUAUCUUGAAUCUUGAUAUUACAAUC